AUGGGUGUGGCGAUCUUGAUUUUGAUCAUCUUUUCUCUCAUCGGCUCCUUUUCUUCACCUUCUUAUGCGUAUGAUCCACUUGAUCCUUAUGGUAAUGUAACAAUCACAUGGGAUUUUAUUCUUCAAAAUGGCAAUACCUAUGACAUAACAGUAUCAAUUAGAAACAACCAAUUAUACCGCCACGUGGAGAGGCCAGGUUGGAGAGUUGGUUGGGAAUGGAAAGGUGAGGAGAUAAUAUGGAACAUGUGGGGAGCUGAAGCAAGAGAGCAAGGGAAUUGUGCCAAGUUCAGUGGUGGACAACUUCCUCAUUGUUGUGGUAAGAAGCCAGAAAUUGUGGAUCUCAUGCCUGGAUCGCCUUACAAUCUCCAAGUUUCCAAUUGUUGUAGAGGAGGAUACUUGGGUUCAUUCAUUCAAGAUCCCACAAACCAUUUAUCUUCUUUCAGAAUGAUUGUUGGAGCUACUAAUAAUGGCAUAAAUAUGCCUGAAAACUUCACUCUUGGUCUCCCUGGCUACACUUGUGGAAACCCUUUUCAAGUCUCUCCUACUAGGUUUUCCCAAGAUGGUGGUCGACGAUACACACAAGCUCUUGAGACGUGGAACUUGAACUGUAUGUACUCUCAGUUUCGAGCAUCAACAACUCCAAACUGUUGUGUUUCAUUAUCUGCAUUUUACAAUGAUACUAUUGUUGCUUGCCCAAAAUGUAGCUGCAACUGCCAAGGAUUGCCUGGAGCAAAAUGUCUCGCGCCUAAUAGUGAAAUCUUGCAACUUCCACACUCACGUGACAAAGAGGAAAAAUGGUCAGAUUUAGUGAGGUGCUCAGAGCACCUGUGUCCCAUUAGGGUUCACUGGCAUGUGAAACAAAGUUACAGAGAAUAUUGGCGAGUGAAGAUCACCAUCACUAAUAUGAAUUUUUUUAAGAACUAUUCUCACUGGAACUUGGUGGUUCUUCACCCCAACUUACAGAGUCUUACUCAGGUUUUCAGCUUCAACUACCGUUCCCUCAAUCAUUAUGGAAACAUAAAUGAUAGUGGAAUAUUUUGGGGGAUUGGAUACUACAACGACAUUUUGCUGAAAUCAGGGAAGAGUGGGAAUGUACAAAGUGAGAUGUUACUGCACAAAGAUUCUGGAAUUUUCACCUUUACAGAAGGAUGGGCUUUUCCAAGAAAGAUUUCUUUUAAUGGAGAUCAAUGUGUGAUGCCUCCUCCUGAUCAGUACCCAACACUCCCAAACAUGGCUCACACUUCCUUCAUAAGGCCUUCAUCAACUUCAUUCAUCUUCAUAUCAUUCUUUGCCCUAUUAGUUUUGUUAAUACUAAUAAAAUUUAUAUGAUUCCGUAAUAAUUUUACUCUUAUUAUAUCAUUUUGGCUGCAGAAAAACAAAUUUGUUUAAUUUGAGAUCAUAAUUUGGUAUUAUAAGCAAUUAUUAUGUAUAUGUGUGUUUUGUAAGUCUAUGAUCAAUUUAAUAAGAUGGAAAGCUAUCUAGGUCAAGAUUA